UAUCACGUUAUCGUUACACAACAAAAUAUUUAGAUUAUAACGAUCAAGAUAAAAUCUUAGAUCCUUUUCAAAUAACCAUCAAAAAAUGCUAAAAAAUAGUCUUUUAUAUAAAACUUGCCUUCGAACUACCUUCGUUCGAAGUGCGAAUUUUAAGGGUAUUUCAAAAUUUGCCACAGUUCAAAGUGAGACUCCUGUGAGUCGUACUUAUGGAGGUCUAAAAGAUCAAGAUCGUAUUUUCACAAAUUUAUAUUCACGUCAUGAUUUUGGAUUAGAAGGUGCAAAAAAACGUGGCGACUGGCAUAAAACUAAAGAGAUACUUUUAAAGGGUCAUGAAUGGAUUAUACAAGAAAUUAAAGCUUCAGGCUUAAGGGGUCGCGGUGGUGCCGGUUUUCCAUCUGGUUUAAAAUGGAGUUUUAUGAAUAAACCUUCGGGUGACAGACCAAGAUAUUUGGUUGUUAAUGCUGAUGAAGGUGAACCAGGUACAUGCAAGGAUCGUGAGAUUAUGCGGGGUGAUCCUCAUAAAUUGGUUGAAGGUUGUUUGGUUGCUGGUAGAGCAAUGAAUGCUACAGCAGCAUAUAUAUAUAUUAGAGGUGAAUUCUAUAAUGAAGCUACUAAUUUACAAAUUGCAAUAAAUGAGGCAUACAAAGACGGCCUUAUUGGCAAGAACGCUUGUGGAUCCGGAUAUGAUUUUGAUGUAUUUAUUCAUCGUGGAGCUGGUGCUUACAUUUGUGGGGAAGAAACUGCCUUGAUUGAAUCCCUUGAAGGAAAACAAGGAAAACCCAGAUUAAAGCCACCAUUCCCGGCCGAUGUAGGUUUAUUUGGUUGUCCAACUACAGUAGCUAAUGUGGAAACUAUAGCUGUAGCACCUACUAUCUGUAGACGAAAAGGUGAGUGGUUCGCUAGCUUUGGUCGUGAAAAAAAUAGCGGUACAAAACUCUACUGUAUAUCUGGUCACGUAAACAAUCCCUGUACCGUUGAGGAGGAAAUGAGUAUCCCACUUAAAGAGCUUAUAGAACGCCACUGUGGUGGAGUACGUGGCGGUUGGGAUAAUCUUCUUGCUAUUAUACCUGGAGGUUCAUCUGUUCCAGUAAUUCCAAAACGCAUUUGUGAUGACGUUUUGAUGGACUUUGAUGCUUUGCGUGAUGUUCAAUCCGGUUUAGGUACCGCUGCUGUCAUUGUUAUGGAUAAGUCUACUGAUAUUGUAUCCGCAAUAUCUCGAUUAUCUGCCUUCUAUAAACACGAAAGUUGUGGUCAAUGCACACCAUGUAGAGAAGGAUGUAAAUGGCUUGCGAAUACGAUGUCACGUUUCGAAAAAGGAAGUGCCGUUCCUAGAGAGAUUGAUAUGAUUGAAGAGUUAACCAAACAAAUUGAAGGACAUACUAUUUGUGCUCUUGGUGACGCUGCUGCAUGGCCAGUUCAAGGGUUAAUCCGGCAUUUUAGGCCAGAGUUGGAGUCUCGUAUGAAAUCUUUUUCUGCAAAGAAUACAGAUAAAGACUUAUCAAAAUUCUCUUCGGCAGCUCCUGGUCUUGAUGCUGGAGUUGCAUGAGAAAAAUAGUGACAAUGAACUGAAAUAAUGUGAAUUUAUAACUAAGUUCGUAGUACUUUUUCUAUUUUUUAAUUUUGUAAACAUUAAUUGAUUCAAAAAAAUUCAGAUAAUUAUUUAUUCAAAGUAUAAUUUACAUGGUAAUAUGUCAUGUAAGUCAUUUAAGAAAAAAAAGUUAAAAAAAAACUGAUUUAUUCUUUUUUUUUUUUGAAAAAAAAA